UUUUUGUUUUCAUCUGAUUUAACUAUCUAAUAGUCAUCUAAUCACGGCUUUGUUAGUAAUUUUAUUUUAAUUUCUUUCCUUCCAUCAAGAUGACCGCUUUUAAUGGCUACUCAUCUUUUGACGGCCUUGUCGAGAAAACCAUCUUUGAAUCUAAAGAACUUGCCAACUUAUUUAAAGAAGUGUCUCAUAAAGUUCUUAAUGCCAAAAAUGGGUCUAAAGAAUGCCUUAUCUCCAUAAUGAAAAAAUUAAAUUCAAGAGAUCCACAUGCUUCACUGAUGGCACUUAAUUUGUUGGAAUACUGCGCUCAGACCUGUGGCCACAAGUUUCGACUGGAAGUUGCUUGUGUGGAGUUUGCUGGAGAAUGUAGAUCUCUACUCAACAGUGGCAGGCUGCCAAAGAAUUGUUCAGAAAAGUUGAAAGCACUAAUCAAAAAGUGGGCAGAGAAUGAAUUCAAAUCUGAUCCAACAUUAUACCACAUUCCCCAGCUGUACAUGCAGUUAAAGAAUGAGGGCUACACAUUCCACGUCUCAGAAGAGGAGGAGCCAAAACUUUCUUUAAUGGGCAUGUUGACCUCAGAAGAUGAUGACCUUGCCAAAGCCAUUGCACUGUCAUUGAAGGAGACAACGCUUAACAAGCAAGCAACUUCACAGAUGAAUAAAUCUGUUCAUCAAGAUGUCAGAGAGGUGAAAACGUUGUAUGAUUUUGAGGCUGUUGAGGAUAACGAGCUAACCUUCAAAGCUGGAGAAAUAAUAAAGGUGCUUGACGACAGUGAUCCGAACUGGUGGAAGGGGUCGUCGUGCAGAGGGGAGGGGCUGUUCCCUGCUAACUUCGUUACUGCUGAUCUGACCACUGAUAUCGAAUCGGAAAAGGCUGCUAAAGUACGGAAGUCUGUCCAUUUCCAGGAAGAAGUGGAGGUUGUCGAAUGUUCCACUGUGUCUGAAAUUGACGAGGAGAAAAUUAAUGAGACGUUGAACCUCAUUCAAAACUCCGACCCAGAGGAAGACUGCGAUCCAGCAGAACUCUUACAACUGGAAGAGCAGUGCAAGUCUAUGUCUCCACUGAUUGACCAGGAACUUGAGAAGAUAGACAAACAGCACAUAACACUGAUGGAGUACAACCAGAAAGUUACAGACGCAUUCAACAUGUACCACUCGCUCAUGGCCGAACUGCCCAUGUACAACUAUCCAAUCAAAAAUCAAAUGAAUGACCAGGUGGUUGCUCCAUCCACUUCUUCAUUUCCAUCAUUCCUUCCAUCGUUCAGUUCUAGUUUGCCGGGGCAGAUGUUGUUACAGCAGCAUCAACAACAGCAGAGAGUGCAGGAUAUGUCGUUGUACACAGUCAAGCAACCAAACGGACAUCAACAACAACAUGCUCAGUUUUACGCACCACAGUCACAAAUUCCACCUCUUCAGCAGCAGCAGCUACCACAACAAUUCAAGCAAGAAGCAACUGUGCAACAACAAAUGCACGCACAACACAUCCCACUACUGCCACAACAACAAAUUCAUCUACAGCAAGUUGGACAACAGCAACAAAUGCUCAACACUUUCCAACAACCAGUCACCGCUUCGCCUGAUUUAAUUUGAUUUAAAAUUUUUUUUUCUUUAAAAAUUUAAGUGUAUUGAAAUGCUGAGGGAAAAAUUUAUAAGUGUGCUAUAGCCGGAUAUUUAUUAUCUAGUUAUGAAUAUCAUAAUCGUUGUAGUUAUUUUAUCAUUACGAACAUUGAAUAUUAAGCCCACCGGUUUGAUAAUUUGCAGAAAAUCGUCACUAUGUUGUACAAAAACUUAAUCGAUUUCUUCAUUUUAUUCCGUUGCCUGUCGUUAUUGUGUUUUCGAAGAACUGGUUUGUUUUGCGAAUCAAGAUUAGAAAUGCAUGGCCUCAAUAUGUUUUUUAAUAUUUUCAAGUUAAACUAGGGUCGUCAUCAUUCUCUAUAUUACCUUAAUCAUAAUCAAAUCAUCCACUCUGUUUCCGUUGUUUAAAAUCAAAUCAGAAAAGAAUUAAAUUAUUCCAAGAUGUUACUCAUUAUUUUCCAAUCACCUCUUGAUAGAAUCACUUCUUGAUAGUCAGUGUUCUUUGUUAUUUAACGACACUGUUCAGAUUCAUUUGUUGGCAGUGGCUGAGAUAAAUCGUCAAUAAACUAGUUCAUCAGUUCA